AGCACUACGAAGUUCUUGUAUCGAGGGAUUCUAUAAAUAGAAAUUAAUUGAACACAGAGAAUGCCACCACCACCAACGCCGCCGACGCUGCUGGACCUGCUAUGCCGCAAAGAAAUCAUGUUCAAUGGCGUCAUGUCCACCGAGCCCAUACUUUCUCGAGUCGUGUCUUACCUUGGCUUCCAACAUAACCUGGGCGAAGCGAGGUCUCCGAUGCAGCUGGCCGCCGUUCUCGGGGCCACAUGUGUGAAAUACCUCAAAUUGACCCGAAGAAACCCUCACUUCUAUCGAUGGCUCGUUCUGCAGCCACCUUCAGCGGUUACCCAAUCUGCAUUUGAACGCCUUGUUGACCUGCACAGCUCCGCCAUUCGAUGUCUGGACCUAUCGUUUUGCCACGAGUUUAUCACUGACACUGAACUAACACGCCUCGCGACGACUUGCCCUCAACUGACCCAAUGUGUCGUGUGGGGGUGCCAUCAGCUCACAGAUACAGGCAUGAUGGCACUGGCGUCGACCUGUCCAUACUUAACCUUCCUCAACUUUGGCGCGUGUGCCAAGAUCACAGACGCCAGCCUCGAGCGCAUCGGAACCGACCUCCUGUACCUAGACAACCUACACUUGAGCGGGUGUCCACUGGUCACAGACGCCGGAAUAGUGUCGUUGUUGCCGUCUAGCCGAGUGGUGCUGCAGCUGCGACGCCUCAAGGACCCGUCGCCAGUGCCCACCGAGGUAGCCAGCGUCGUUGUCAUGGGUCUUGAUCCUCAUGUCAUGGCAGUUUGACCUGCACCACAUGAAAACCCAAUUGCGUAAGUUUGACUGCAGCAAAGUCACGUUUCGACGGGUCACGGACACGAACGACGAGCUCGUACUGCACUUCGCGACCCGCCCCAAGGCCGUGGCCCUGUGGUGCGAAGCCAAGCCCAACAAGUUCAUGCCUCGCCUCAUGUCGAGCGACGCCACACACCAUUUCGCAGGCCAAUACGUCUGCAUCUCACUCAAGGUCCUCAACGUCAUCGGAUGCCCGAAGGUGUCCCGCGCAGCCCCUGCGAAGCUCAAGUCCCAUCACAUCCAGAUCAAAGUGCUUCAGUAACUACGAAAUGAAAUGUAUGCUACGUCAUGCUCUGGAAGGAUGGACGACGAUCGAAUUGAAGUCGUCCAUGUAUGUCAAGUAUGACGGUUGAACUCA